AUGCCUCUUCUUGUGCCAUUACGUAAAUAUACUUGUGAACUCACACACACACACUCUCUCUCUUUGAAUUUAGGUGUGUAUAUGUUACAGGCAGUCGAGAGAGAGCUAGAAGAUAUGCAGUGCAACACAAGUAUAGAAGAGUGUUCGGAUGAGGGCGAGAUCACCUUCCCAUCCUUCAGUCCUGAGGUGGACACUCAGAACAGGUUUCUGCCAAGAAGUGAGUUCCCCUCAGUGAGGCAACUGGUCAUCUCCAAGCAAAGAAGCAGACGUAAGAGGGAAAAUAACGUAUUUGUGGGGAAAAUGGAGGACGUGCUCGUGAAGUGGAGACCGCCCGCGUCCUCACAUCGAGGUGCCAUCGAGGCCAUAAACGGCACGCAUCCGUACCAGAUGGACACGCCUCAGUUCCAGUCGAGAAGAUCGGACCCCUUCAGUUCGACGAAAAGAGACGAAUCCGUGCGUUCGAUUGUGGAAUCCUUCACCGACUGGUGGAAGCGCAAUUCCAAGGUGUUCUUCCAUAGCGAAGAGCAUGAAGAGGAGGAAGAGGGUGUGCACUCUGAGGACGGUGCGAGUCGGCACGGCCACGAAUUACAGCUGUUCGAGGAAGAUAUUUUCUCCUUCCACUUGAGCCCCAACGACAUGUCCACCAGAAACAGCGAACACCAAAUACAGACGCCAGUGCUCUUCCCCUACGAAACGCCCACGAGGACAACAGCGAACCCCACGAAACGACAAGCCAUCGACCUCGGGGACGGUGAAGAGCUGACCAUCUAUCGGGAGAUCUACUCAAAUCCGAUUCCUGUUAGCUAUCUAGAUACCUUGAACUUGAACCAAUCGAUGUCUUUGCGACAAAUGCAGCAGCAGCAGCAGCAGCAACAGCAGCAAGCAGAGCCCUCUUCUGCAUGGCAGUACUGCGCGGACUCUAACUGGAUUAAGAUCUUUCUUUGCCACAACGACUAG